AUGGCGCGAAGCGCAAGGAUAGCUCUGCCUGCAAGUCUAGCGAGUCUUGCCUAUGGUCUAGCUUUGCUCUGCCAUGCUUGUGCCGGUGAGCAGGCUUGUGACUUGCGGAUGGAAGCAGAGCUGGAGAACAUGGAGUUGCAUGAGCUCGACGACCUGAACGUUGAGCUGCUUCAAACUGCAACAGCAGUCACGAGGUCUGAGCGCAAGUCCCACGAGUUCUAUGCACCUUAUUGGUGUUAUACCAUCAGUGAGUAUGUGCGCCGCAGCAUUGCGGCGUGUAAUGGCGGAGCUGGAAGCUGCAUUUGCAUGGGGCCUGCUAUUUGUGGUGGCUGGGGGCCGUUUCCCCCAGGAUCGUGGCAGGGAUAUUCCUAUUCAUGCUGCGGUUGCCACCCAGAAGUACACGCAGCUGCGCCAACGCCUGCUCCGCAACAGGCUCCGCAAUUGGCCCCGCAACCGGCUCCGCAACCGGCCCCGCAACAGGCUCCGCAACCGGCUCCGCAACCGGCUGCGCAACAGGUUGUGUCUGAACCAGCUUCAGAGACGACUCCUCCCGCGCCUGCUCAGCCGGUGCCCCAAGAUGUUGCCAGCAACGUCAGCGCCAGCGCCGGCGCCGGCGCCGGCAACACCUCCAUGGGUGCAAGAUCUUGUGCAGCUCAUAGGGCCUGUGCUGAUCUCCGCCUUGAUGGCAGCUGCUGUCCUGCAGCUGAUGGGACAUACCUUGGCUGCUGUGACGCCGCUGUCUCGAAUGUUUCGUUGCGGCAGCUGGAAGCUGCCUCACAUUCCAAGCUGGCCAAGCGAAUUCCAGCGUGGUGUGCCGAGCUGUCAGAACACGCCCGAGAAAGCAGUCCUCCUUGCACAUCCUCUGGACCCAGCAGCUGCACCUGCAUCGGCAAGACUGCCUGCGGUGAUGGUUCACCUCUGCCGGGAAGCUGGCAAUCAUACUCGACUGCAUGCUGCGGCUGCGCAUAG